AUGCUGUCGUUUUACGACCGGUUCCUGAGAAACCGCGCCGCCAUAGCAAGGGAUCUGUAUGAAUUGCUUAAACACGGCAACAAAUGGCAGUGGCUGAAAAGGCACCAAUUGGCGUUCGAAAACCUCAAGAAGCUGAUAAACGAACGUACUGUACUUGCCCACUACGACGAGACAAAACCAUUAGUAAUCGCGUGCGACGCCUCUUCAUACGGUGUAGGGGCCGUGCUUGCACAACUGGACGACGAUGACCGCGAAUUGCCCGUUGCGUUUGCCUCGCGCACGUUGGGACGUGCAGAGCAGAACUACGCUCAAUUGGAUCGGGAAGGACUAGCAUUGGUGUUUGCGGUAGAAAAAUUUCACCAGUACGUCGCAGGAAGGAGUUCCAAGAUAUACACCGAUCAUCGACCGCUGCUUGGCAUAAUGGGGCAACACAAGCCAAUGCCUGGAAUGCUGUCGCCAAGGAUGACGAGAUGGUGUCUGAAAUUAGGGUGCUAUGAUUACGACUUGUGCUAUCGGAAGGGCACCACAAACCAAAUUGCUGACGCCUUCAGUAGACUGCCGUUGCCAUUCAUGACCGAUGAACCGUAUAGACCGGGUGACGUGCUCCUGUUGGACACGUUAGAAGGACCUGUUCUCACGGCUAAAACCCUAGAAAAGAUGACUCAGCAAGAUCCGGUGCUGUCAGCAGUUCACAGAGCAUUGCGAAACGGUAGCCUUCACAAGUUACGGGGACAAGGCUUCGACCAAUACAAGAUACGCCGUCGGGAGCUGGCUACGGAGGGUGAUUGUGUGACCAGAGGUUCAAGAGUUGUGGUUCCCCCGGCUGCUCGAGAGCAGGCCUUGAAACUGGUGCAUUGCGGACACAGGGGCAUAGUCACAAUGAAAGCUUGUGCUCGAAGCUACAUGUGGUGGCCGGGAAUCGAUCGUGACAUUGAGCAACUCGUACGCGGCUGCUCCAAAUGCCAGGUCGAUCGUCGCUCUCCGCCCCGAGCUCCGCCACCGCUGUGGACAAGACCGACGGAACCCUGGAAGACCAUUCACAUCGACUUCGCCGGACCGGUUGACGGGCGAACGUAUCUACUGGUUGUUGACGCCUACACGAAGUGGCUGGAAGUUAGGCGAAUGACAAGUACUACGGCCGCCGCUGUGAUUGAACAGCUACGGUAUAUGUUCGCCACCUUCGGAAUUCCGCAGACAGUCGUGUCAGAUAAUGGGUCGGUGUUCCUAUCGGCAGAAACCAAGAGAUUUUUCAAAGCAAAUGGCGUCGAGCAUCGCACAAGUGCUCCGUAUCACCCGGCCACUAACGGCCAACUAGAGCGCAUGGUGGCGGAACUGAAGAGGGUUCUGAAACGGGAUAGUGCGGGACACGUUGACAAGUGCCUGGCGCGGUUUAUGUUCAAGCAGCAUACUACAAUCAACGCCACCACAGGCAAGUCGCCAGCAGCCAUGAUGUUCAGCAGGGAGCUUCCGUCGCCGCUGUCGGCGUUGAAACCAAGUGACCAUCGGAGUUCAAUGGGGGAGGACGAGGAGGAAGCUGGGUCACGUUACGCGCUGUUCAAGCCAUCGAUGAGAGUCUACAUUAGAAACUUUACAGGAGGUCCUCAGUGGAUACCUGGUCAGCUGCUUGAUCGGAUGGGUCGGCGGUCGUGGAUGGUCCAGACAGAGCACGGAACGACACGACGUCAUAUCGAUCAUAUUAGACGACGUUAUGAUCAGGAUCCCUGGAACAGCAGUUCCGUUCCGUGGACUGUGGACAUUUCCCCUGAGCGACCGUCAGGGGCAGCUGCAGUAGAUCCUCAACGAUUAACGGAGUGCUCGGAUGUGGUGACUGCUCCCGCCGUUCCUGAAACCAGGGAUCCGCCUGCAAGAGAGCUUAGAAGGUCACAGCGUACGCGCCAGCCGCCAGACUUUUUCCGACCUUGCUGA